CACGGUCACACUGAGUGACUGCACACUGCGGCACCAGCUAAAAAAAGCAGCAAAUGCAAAUAUGAUUUUAUAACACACAUUCAUCCGCACUGGACAUCUGGAAACUGAACUAUCGACCCGCCCAAGGCACACGCCCUGCAAAGAGAAACAGUGGCUAGAUAAGCACCAUGGCCAAGGCGAACGGAUGGAAUGGCUGCGGAAUGGGCAUGCAGGUCAACGGGAGCAACGGCUCCAUAUGCUCCUCCUCUAAGUACUCGCGCAGCACGGAACUGCGACGCGUCGAGGACAACGACAUUUACCGGCUGGCCAAGAUCCUGGACGAGAACGCCUGCUGGCGCAAGCUCAUGUCGAUCAUACCGAAGGGCAUGGACGUUCAGGCCUGCAGCGCCGAAGGAGGCCUGAACUUUCCGGCGGCCGUGAAGAAAGGAUUGAAGUACACGUCGCAGGACGUGUUCCAGAUUGAUGAGGCGGCGAAAAGGCUGCCGCCCGACCAGAGCAAAUCACAGAUGAUGAUCGACGAGUGGAAGACCUCGGGCAAGCUUAACGAGCGUCCCACGGUGGGGGUGCUGCUCCAACUGCUGGUGCAGGCAGAGCUGUUCAGCGCCGCGGACUUUGUGGCACUGGAUUUCUUGAAUGAAUCUACCCCUGGUCGGCCGGCAGACGGCCCUGCAGCUCUCAUUAGCCUGGAGCUGCUGGACGAGGACAUGGAAGUGGACAACGAGGGCCUGAGUCCUAGCCACCAACCGAGCACUGCCACCCUUGAGCCGGCUGCUCAGGGCAGCGUUGGCUUGAACCUGGACAUCUUUGACAAGCACAUAGUGCCGCAGGACAAGAGUGUGCCGCAGGCAUCUGGGGCUGCUCCUCCCGUAGCUCCACCUCGUCGCUUGCAAAGAGCAACUGCAAGCUCCAGCUCCCUCGCCUCCUCGGCUGCCUCUCCGAACAUACCCAAUUUGACAAUUCUCAAUCCCAUCGAACAAAUACAGGAGCAGCUGCAGCAGCCGCAUCCGCGGAACAUCCCCAAUGAAUCCAUACUCAUUGACAGCUCUGGCGAUUCAGCAGCAACGGCGUCGACUUUGCUGUCCAACCCAAACAACCAAGCUAUCUCCACGGAACCAGCAAACAUACCGCGAAUCACGCUUUUAAUUAAUGACUCUGCUGAGAUAAGCUCGAGCGCAACUCAUGGUGGAGCGAAAGCUGUGAUGGAUUCAUCGCCCCCGGCGAACUUAAACAAUUUGCCAAUGAUAAGCGCUUUGAACAUAAGCAAUGACAAUGGGGAAACCUUGCAACCAGACAGCAGCAGCAACACCAGCAGUUUAAGCAACGAUGAUGAGGACGACGAUAAUGGAGUGGGGGAAGGAGAGUUUGCGGAUACCUCCCUGCCAAACCUGAGCAACUUGGAGCAGCAGAACUCCAACAAUGACUCCAGCCUGACAACGGUCACAGGAACCAGCGGUGAUAACAGCUUCGAGAUGACCAACGACUCCAGUUCGACCUCCAACGACGAUUACGCUUGUAACAUUCCGAACUUGAGUGAACUGCAGCAGCUGUAAGGAGCGACGCCCGUCUAAGGAGACCAUUUCCACAAGCCAGACAUUCCGUUAGCCACUUUAGGUUAAGUUUUCGUUGUACAACUCGCGUUAUGUUCCGAUAUCGACAUUUGGAUUUCGGACCUACUUCAAUUCUGCAUAAUGUGUAAGGUCCAAUUAGAAUCUAAGAUUCAGGGCAAGCUUUCGACAUACUAUUUUUUCGUUGUCUAUAUCACGGCUACUGACACAGUCCAUGACAAGUGCGGCAAUAUCCAAUAUUUCCGUUUCGAGAAAGCCAUAUGUAUGUAACCAAAUAACCAGUUCUUACCGAUUUUGUAUGUCUUACAAAAUACUCUUUAAUUUUCUAGUAUAAAUAUACUUAAACAAAAAAGUGUUCAGUGAA